AUGGCACCGAGUUGCCCAGCCUCCAUUAAGCCGGAAGCUAUCGACGUUGACUCGGCUCUGCCCAUGCUUGGAGAUGGGAGAGCGUCUCAGCCGUACCGCAGCGACUCCACGGACUCUGCUUGCUCCAACUCUUCAGAGAAGUCCUGCGACAGUUUGUACCCUGGGGACAGCCUGCGGCUGUACGUGAAGAAGCGGCAGCGGCGACAGAAGAACCAGGAACAGGUCAUGCAGUUCUUGCAGAAGCACAACUUCAGCGGAAGCAUCGAUGAGCCGAAGGUUUCGUGCUUGUCCUUCAUGCGUGAAGUGGUCUAUCCGAUUCAUGUCGCUGCCAGCCUCGGGGAUGCUCAGAUGGUCCGCCUGCUGGUCGGCGCCGGUGCCGAUCUGCAACAGAGGACGUCCAAGGGCCGGACUGCGGCCGACUUCGCUCUGGAGUGCGACCAUCUCGGCUCGCACAGGGACGUGCUGGAUUUGGUGAAGGGCUCCAUGAAGACCAUGGCGCUCCGAGAGUUCAUGAGCUUGCAUGCGAGCUGGCAUAAGGGACACUGA